CUGAGCAUUUCUGUUUCAGCAAAAAUCACUUUCGAGAAACUGACAAACUUGGACUAUGUCGGAACACCUUACUACUCGAUCAGAAACCUGUCCCUCUACGAAUGCCAGGGAUGGUGUCGCGACGAAGUUGAUUGCGUGGCUGCGGCUUUCUCGUUCGUGGUCAAUCCAUUAGCACCGAUCCAGGAAACUACGUGCGUUCUUCACAACGAUACUCAAGCAAGGAAGCCAUCGGCGAACCCUCAGAAAGCGAUCAAUAUGUAUUACCUCGUCAAAACCAACGUCCGAACAGAAAAAGUCUGCAAUCGUCUCUGGGCGUUCGAGCGAUUCCCGAAUAAAAUGCUGAGAGGCUACGACAAUGUCGCCAUCUUUUCAUCGAACCGGGAAAACUGCAUGGCUGCGUGCUUGAAUGAGCGGAGGUUCGUUUGUCGAGCAGCCGAAUUCAACUCGAUCACGUUCCAAUGCCAUAUGAGCGAAACGGACCGACGGACAACGCCCGUCGAUGAUUUCAUCGAUGCUCCAGGAGUGGAUUAUUUCGAAAACGCUUGUCUCGAUGUCGAUCAGGUCUGUUCCGGCGUCAGGAUGUACGACAUCGCGAAACUCGGUCCCGCGCAAGACGUCAUUACGCACUACGUCGAUUUGAACUACUACCCCGAUAAGGAGCUCCUGGUUUCUUCGAAGUCCGAAUGUCUCCGUGCAUGCACCAUGGAUCGAGAUUUCCUCUGCCGCUCGGUGCUCUUCAAGCCCACGGAAUCACUGGGCCAGAACAGCUGCUCGCUCUAUCACGUCGACCACGUCAUGUUCCCGGACGGAGCUCAAAUCUUCAAGUCGAUGAGUUCCCAGCUGCCCCUCCUGGAUACCGGGGAAACAGUUGGAUUCUACAUGGAAGCCAACUGCGCGAACCAAAGUGACACUUUGUCGAAACUGUCAUCCGUGACCAAGAGACCAACUACAACCACAUCGAAAGUCGAGCAAAGAUCUACGACCAGACAGCCCUCCUUGACCAAAGAAGGUUACGACGACGGCGCGUGCGACUCCUACGGAGUUUGUUACGAUGUUUCGAUCCAGUGUACUGACCAGAAGAUCGUCGUCGACGUCAAAACCAGUCGACCCUUCCACGGUAGAAUUUAUGCUAUGGGGCGAUCGGAGACCUGCAAUACGGCAGUCAAAAACGGACAGAACUUCAAGCUUGAUCUACCGCUGACGGGUCAGGAGUGCAACACACAGUCGCUGGGUGGCGUCUACACAAACACGGUCGUUCUGCAACAUCACAAUGUUGUUCUCACGAAGGCCGAUAAAGUUUACAACGUUCGGUGUACCUACGAGACCUCGUCGAAGAAUAUCUCUUUCGGAAUGAUGCCUGUUUCCGAUAUCGAUAUGAGAGACCCAGACAACGGACUAGCCCAACAGAUUACCGCUUCGCCUGAAGCGCCAGUUCCUCGCAUUAUGAUUUUCGGAGUUGAUGGUAAAGAAGCGACGACAGUCAGGAUAGGAGACAAGCUUACAUUCAAGAUCGAGAUUCCUGGAAACACUCCGUACGGAAUCUUCGCUCGCAGCUGCGUGGCCAUGGCCAAGGACGCAAGGAGCACAUUCGAGAUCAUCGAUGAUAGAGGAUGCCCUGUGGAUCCUGCUAUAUUCCCACGCUUCCGUCAGGUAGACUCCGCCUUGGAGUCUAACUAUGAAGCUUUCAGGUUCACAGAAUCCUAUGGCGUUAUUUUCCAAUGCAACGUGAAGUACUGUAUCGGAAAAUGUGAGCCGGUCGAUUGCGGCGCCGGUAAACCUUCAUGGGGACGCCGAAGAAGAUCGAUCGAGGAUAAAGAAGAAAUGACUCUGAGCCAAGAGAUCGUCGUUCUGGACCUUCAGGACGAUCCACCCCCCUCCCCGAGUUCCCAGACUCAACACCGAGAGAAAGUGCUCAUCGAGAGCCGAGUCCUCGAGGAGGGGCAAUGCGCCUCACGCACGUCUCUCUACGUGCUGGCAAUCACGACCUCGGCGAUGCUCGUCAGCUACGUUGCAACGGUCGCCUACUUCCUCAGUCAGAGACGGCUGAACUCGAAGCAUUAUUCCUAG